GUAUAGUGAGACUGCUCUGUGCUUUGUCUUCUCCAUUCUCUGCUCAUUUUCCACAGCAAUUAGUUUCUCUUUUCAAUUUACAAAGAAAGAAAAGAUACAAUAAUUUAGAGAGAUGGGGAAUUGCCAAGCAAUUGAUAAUGCAGCUUUGCUGAUACAACACCCCAAUGGUAAAGUAGAGAAGUUGUAUUCAUCUGUGACUGCUCACCAAAUCAUGAAGAUCAAUUCUGGUCAUUAUGUUGCUCUUCUUCUCACUACCACCAUCACCACAACCAGUAAUAACAAUAAUAAAACCCCAGUUAGGAUUAGGCGAAUAAAGCUUCUCAAGCCAACUGAUUCACUUGUUCUUGGUCAGAUUUACAGACUUGUUACUGCUCAAGAGGUAAUGAAAGGAUUGUGCGCAAAGAAGUAUGCAAAGCUGAAGCAGUUAGAAUAUUCAUCUGAGAAAUUCACGGAGAAACCAACUUUAGGUGAUAGAAACUCUGUUCAGGAGAACUCUAAACAGUUUAAACAGGAAAAGCAUAGAAACUCAACAGGCGCAAAAUGCAGAGCAUGGCAUCCUUCAUUACAGAGCAUAUCAGAGGCUGCCUGCUGAGUUGUGAUGCUUCUAUUAUUUGAUUAAUUAAAUUGUUCUUUUAUAUUAGAUUCCGGAGAAAGAGUGUCCUGUUACGCAUAAUUUUGUCACAUGUAUAAUAAGAGAAAAGUAAAAGGAUUUCUCACAUCUUAAUUUUCGAAUCAUUUGGAGGCAAUCGUUCGAUUGGAAUUACUGUAGGCUUUGGUGUAAGCACUAUUUUUUUCAACUUUGAAGUACUAAGUUGACAAAUCCAAUGGACUUAGAACAUUUAAUGAGUAA